GCCGGGAACGGGAGCACAAGGCAGCAACAGUGGAGAGAAUUCGACGUUUGCUGACGCGUCAACCGGCGCUGGCGGCGUAAACAUGUCGGGCGGUGGUCCAAGUUCAAGCGGUAGCGGAAUAUCCAGUGAGCUGUUUCGUGUUGGUGUACGUAUUCCACCAUUCUGGCCGGAGGAACCUGAGGUAUGGUUUGCACAAGUAGAACUCCAAUUUGAACUUUCGAACGUCACAAGCGACGGUACUAAAUUUAAUUUCGUGGCAUCUCAGCUGGACCAGGAGUAUGCAAGGACGAUGAAGGAUAUUUUGGUCAAUCCACCCAAGACAGGCAGGAACGAUAAAUUUAAAAGUGAGCUAAUCAAGCGCAUAUCAGCGACGCGAGAGAAGAAAACGCUUCAGCUUAUUCAACACGAGGAAUUAGGCGACCGUAAACCGUCCCAAUUCUUGCGUCAUUUACGUGAUUUAGCGGGACCCACCAUUCCUGAUGAAUUUAUUCGUACCAUUUGGGCAAGCCGUCUCCCACCUAAUGUGCAUACCAUUGUUGCUUCGCAGCCAAGCCAGAGUUUAAGCGACGUUGCAGAAUUGGCGGAUCGAGUCAAUGACGUCACGCAGUCUUCCGCCCAAGUCGCAGCCGCUACCGCAAACCCCGCCCCUGCAGUCAACGCCAUGCCAAGUUCUACCUUAGAAGCCAGAGUAGAAGAGCUCACACGGCACGUAGAAACCUUACUCCGAAAUCAAGGUACUGCCUCACUGCCAUCGACCGGUUCACCCGUUGGCCUGAGGCGUACCCUCUCCCGGACAUCACCGCUGACACCUGCGCUGCCGCCUUCGUGUCAGGCUGGGUAGCCCGCUUUGGUUGCCCCGAGCACAUAACCACAGACCGCGGCCGGCAGUUUGAGUCACAGCUCUUCAAGGCCAUAGCAAAACUAACUGGCGCUGAUCAUCACACAACCACAGCUUAUCAUCCUGCGGCGAACGGAAUGGUCGAGAGGCUGCACCGGCAGCUCAAGGCUGCAAUAGCAUGCCACACCAGCACGCACUGGAGCGAGGCACUUCCCUUGGUUCUUCUGGGCAUCCGCAGCGCCUGGAAGGAGGACUUACAGGCAUCAGCAGCUGAACUUGUCUACGGUGAACCACUCCGUUUGCCUGGGCAGUUCUUCACGCCAUCCAAGGAGCCGGUAGACGUCACUGACUUCGCGGGUCGAUUACGAAGCUACAUGAGCAAGCUAGCUCCUCAACCGACAGCUUGGCACUCCAACCGUCUGUUUUACCUACCCAAGGAUCUCCAGACAAGCAGCCACGUGUUCUUGCGUCAAGGGCCAGCACGUCGUCCUCUUCAGCCUGCCUACACCGGUCCUCACAGGGUCAUAAAACGUCGCGACAAGACGUACGACAUAGAUGUGUCAGGAAAAGAGGUCACGGUGACACUCGACAGACUGAAGCCAGCCUACGUCAUGAGGGAAGAGGUUCCAGCAGUUCCAGCACCAAUCCAGGACACCGUCAUCCCACCUGCUCCAGAGAAAAAGACGAAGAGCGGACGAGUGGUCAGAUUUCCCGACUACUAUCGACCGUAGUUACGGUCUCAGCGGGGGAGAACUUGUAGCGGACUGACACGCGAGCAAAAUCGCUACCGCUCAUGAGCUUGGGCAACCGCAGAUCACGCCACCUCCGUACGUCACCUAUUGUCCGAGCGGCCGGUCUGCGCACGCGCACCCGCGCGCCCUCGCCCCGCUAUACCUAACGCCGCUCAGUCGAUCGCCGUUCAAUGCGAUCCUAGCCUUUGCCAAACACACACGCGCGCUUGCUUUGUAUCGAAUCAAUUCUCUUUGCAAUUCACUUUGUUUUUUCGCUUUGUGUUAUACUUUGUUGUGUUUAGUUAUUUCCUUAUUUCCUAUUCAGUGUUAAUUGUUUCUCUUCUAAAUUUAGUGUUCUUUCUUUCUUUAUUUACUGUGCCUUUUGUAACUUCCUUCUGUAAGUGUAAAUUAAAUAGCUAUAUAAAUUGU